UGCAAAAGUAGGGGUCGAAAAACUAGUGGUGGCUGGACGAUUCAUGUAUUGUUUUUCUGUUAUUUUGUGUGUGAAAAUAUAAACAAUAAAAAUGUUAUCAAUUUAUUUAACUCUUUUCAAUUCAAUAUCUUACAUAUUUCAAUAAAAAACAAAAACAAACAUCAAUCAAUCCAACCCAACGAAUCGCUGCGAAAAAUAAAUUUUCUUCAAUUCUUUUCCUCUUCUGAUAAAUCGAAUGACAAGGAAACACUCUUGCUGCUAUAAAAACUAGUGGUUGCACAAAAACAAGAAAAAAUUGUACCAACAACAAAAAAAAGGGGGUAAUUCAAUACCACAUUUCUUUUCUCUCCUUCUCCAUCCGAAUGGUGCGAAACAAAAGCAUUGCAACUCAAUCGUCUUCGGGCAAUGCUAGUAGCAGCAAUAGCAGCAGCAAAUCCCCCAUAAAAAAUUCAAAAACUCACCGUAAAAGUAGCAGCAAUUGUGAAUCUAGCAGCGUUGCCGCUGAAAUCGAUGACAGAUCGAGUCGAACCCCCUCCCCGGAUGACAGCACAGCAAUACAGGGAUCCUCUGUGCACAAACAGAAUUUGUAUGUCGUAUCUUUUCCGAUUAUUUUUCUUUUCAACGUUUUGCGUUCGCUUAUCUAUCAGCUUUUUUGCAUAUUUCGAUAUUUGUACGGGGCUAGUACCCGUGUUAUCUAUCGGCCGCAUAAAAGAGAGUGUAAUAUUGAAAUAGUAGUUGGAACGGAGUUGGAACGUAUUCAGGCGAAGCCGAUUGCUUCGACUAGCGCAGUUCAAUAUCCAUUUAAUAACCAUCAUAAACAUAAACAGCUGGAAAUGUCGUCAUCGAAGUCAGGUGGUGGCGGUGGAUGUGCUCCAACAUCGCCCGGUCCUGGGGAUCCAUUAUUGGCCAAACAAAAGCAUCAUCAUCGUCGGGCAUUCGAGUAUAUAUCGAAGGCCUUGAAGAUCGAUGAAGAGAAUGAAGGCCACAAGGAACUUGCCAUUGAAUUGUACCGCAAAGGGAUUAAAGAACUUGAAGAUGGUAUUGCUGUCGAUUGCUGGAGUGGACGUGGUGAUGUUUGGGAAAGAGCUCAACGUUUACAUGAUAAAAUGCAGACCAAUUUAUCAAUGGCCAGGGAUCGCUUACACUUUUUAGAACUUAGAAGCGCCGAACUAGAAUUAGAACAAUUGACGUUACAAGAACAAAAUGCCAAAGCUCAACGUCAGAAACAGAAAACAUCAGACGCUACACAAAAGCUCAAUAAAGUACAAAUUGUCCAACCAAUGAUGACCAAUACUUAUGAAAAUAAGACCACAACCACUAAACACCUUCCCAGUCAUAUAAAAUAUAGAGUACAAUCUACAAGCUCCCGACUGAACACAGUUGUACCAGCUGUUAGUAGAGUACCAAAGCGAUUAUCCAAUACGCUAUCUCCUAGUAAUACCUCAAGUGCGCAUAGAAUAAGCCCAAAAGAACAAACAACGUCAAGCAAAACCAUCGAUACAGCUUCUGGACGUAAACUUACAAUUGGCACAAAAAGACCCGGUAAUCUGGGCGUUAUAAAUAAAUCUCAAACCUUACCCCGAAACAUCGGAUCGAAGGCAAAUGUAAAUGGAACUCGUACACCGUUAAAAACAGCCGCAACUCCACCUGCAGUCCGAAGGCAGUUUAGUACUUCAGGACGAAAUACUCCACCUCAGCGAUCAAGAACACCGAUUGGCUGUGGCCCCAGUAAUGGAGGCAGUGGUGCUUCCACCCCAAUGGUCAGCGUUAAGGGUGUUGAACCCAAGUUAGUACAAAUAAUAAUGGACGAAAUUGUAGAAGGCGGGGCAAAAGUUGAAUGGUCUGACAUAGCUGGCCAAGAGGUGGCUAAGCAAGCUUUGCAAGAAAUGGUAAUUUUACCAUCUGUUCGCCCGGAACUUUUUACAGGUUUACGUGCUCCAGCUAAAGGAUUACUUCUCUUUGGUCCACCUGGAAAUGGAAAAACCCUUUUGGCACGUGCUGUUGCCACCGAAUGCAGUGCAACAUUUUUAAAUAUCUCUGCAGCCUCUCUUACCAGCAAGUAUGUGGGUGAUGGUGAAAAACUUGUUCGAGCACUAUUUGCCGUUGCACGUGAAAUGCAACCAUCAAUUAUAUUCAUUGACGAAGUCGACUCAUUGCUCUCAGAACGUAGCUCCAACGAGCACGAAGCAUCACGACGUUUAAAAACCGAAUUCCUUGUUGAAUUCGACGGACUGCCCGGAAAUCCAGAAGGUGAUCGUAUAGUAGUUCUUGCUGCCACUAAUCGGCCUCAAGAACUAGACGAAGCUGCACUUCGUCGCUUCACCAAGAGAGUUUAUGUCUCACUUCCCGAUUCGGAAACUAGAGAACUUUUGCUCAAGCGGCUUUUAGAGAAGCAAGGCAGUCCGUUGGGACCAGAUUCACUCCGACGACUCUCAGCUAUGACCGAGGGAUAUUCUGGUUCUGAUUUGACUGCUUUAGCUAAAGAUGCUGCCUUGGAACCAAUUCGAGAGCUCAAUGUUGAACAAGUAAAACUCUUAGACAUAAGCGCAGUGCGUAGUAUUACAGAGAAUGAUUUUUGCAAUUCAUUAAAGCGCAUUCGUCGCUCAGUAGCCCCACAGAGUCUUGUGCUUUAUGAAAAAUGGUCACAGGAAUAUGGAGACAUAACUAUUUAAAUAAUUAAUAUUAGUUGUUCCUUUUGUUUAAACUUUUUGAUAUUUCAUAAAAUAAUUUAAGUUUUUUUCUAUCACUUUUUGUACCCGUUAGUUUUUGUUUAAACUAUUAUUAUAAUUAAUUAGUGUUUAUGCAUCCACUACCAACAAAAUGCCUUUCACUAGCCUAUCAAGGCAGUUGUUGUUGUUGAAACAACUUUUUUCUAUUUAUAAAAAAAAAAUUAAUUGGUAUCUCUAUACAUAGUUUUAAUUUAAAAAAUCAAUGUAAAUGCAUUUAAUUUAACAAAAACAAAUCACUAUAAACAAAAAAAAAACAAUGGUCGGAGAGGCAACCUUCGAAUUACUUAGCUUAUUAAGUUAGAAGUUAAAAUUGGUGUCAAAUAAAAAAUAAGUUUAUACUGAAAAUGAAAAAAAUAGACCAACCACUUUUUAAAAUGGGAACUUUUAUGUGGCAACCCUAUUUUAAAGACAAAUUUAUCAUAAAUUAAAUGCUGUUAUAUCUUCUUUGUAGAUUGGUUAAAUUUUUAAAAUUCAAAUCAAAAGCCUAAAUAGUGAAAAAAAUUAAUAAAAUAUAAGAAAUGUAAGCUUACAAAUAUGGCAACCCAAUUCAAAUGAAAAAAAAAUCUUCUUUCUACAAAAGAGUAAAAUUUUGUAUACCUUACAAGGCCACCUUUAAAAUACAGAAAAGUAUUCGGCAACUCUACGCAAAUGCACACAAAAUACUAUUUUAUCAUCCAAAGUGUAUGAUUUUUGAUAGAGUUAAAUGCUUAGACAUAAUCAAGAUUUUAGAUGCGACCCUCUUGUACCUUAAACAUUUCGGGCGCUACCUCUAAAAUAUGGACAAGUACUUGGCAACCCUACGCAAAUGCUAGAAAACACUAAAAACAUUUUUUCCGUGUUUAAGUAGGGUUGCCGAGAACCUUUUCGUAUUUUAAAGGUGGUACCUGACAUUUAUAUGAUAGAAGAGAGUGACAGCAAAAGUUUGGUUUAUUGGGUGUUUAGUUUAGAAGCUAUUUUUGUAGCGUUUUUUUUUUCAUUUGAGUAAGGCUGCCAUAUUUUCUUACAUCUCAAAAAUUUCUUAUAUUACUAAGCUACAAAGAUAUGACAGUAUUAGUUAUGUGACAUAUUAUUUUUCCUUUAAAAUAGGGUUUUCACUUCCCAUUUAAAAAUGGCAACCCUAUUCAGUAUUAACUUAUCUUUAAUUUGAUACCAAUUUUAACUUCUAACCUUAUAAAUUAAAUAAAUCGAUGGUCGCUGCUUGGACUACAAAAAAAAAAAGAAAACGCUUUCACACAUAAACAAAUUUCAAGUUUUAUAUACCACUCUCAC